AUGAAUGAACAGUUCUUGUAUAAAAGAGCUUUUGGAACAAUUGAUUAUGUAGUGUUUGGAGCUCUUAUCAUGGUAUCUAUCGCAAUUGGAAUAUUUUUCGCCAUCAAGGACAAGAAACGCAACACAUCAUUUAACUACUUCUUAGGAGACAGGAAUAUGAAGACAAUUCCUGUCGCUUUGUCUUUUGUAGUAACAUUUCAGUCUUCAAUAAUGAUGUUAGGUACUCCGGCUGAAGUAUAUACCUAUGGAAUACAGUACGCUAUAGGGGCAAUUGGAGUUAGUGUUGCUUAUCUUCUAAUAAUCUUAAUUGUUGUACCGUUAUUCCACCCGUUGAAUGUAACAAGUGUGUAUGAAUAUUAUCAGUUACGUUACGGAACAAAGUCUGUCCGGUAUCUUGGUGUGAUUUUAGGAGUUAUAUAUUAUACACUUUACAUGGGCAUAGUUUUGUUUGGAACUGCUUUGGCGAUUCAAUCCACAACCGGACUUCCCGUUUGGAUGUCGACUGUAACAUUUGCAGCUGCAGCUACUUUAUAUACGUCUAUAGGAGGAAUUAAGGCUGUCAUAUGGACCGAUGUUUUCCAGUCAAUUAUCAUGCUCAGUGGAAUCUUAGCAGUUAUCAUGAAAAGUACAAUUAGUUCUGGUGGACCUGCCAACGUUGCUCGAAUUGGCAAAGAACGCUUCAACUUCUUCAAUUUUAACCCCGAUCCAACGAUCCGACACACAUUCUGGACAUUAGUUAUUGGAUCCAUUCCUCAAUAUUUCUACCCGGCUAUAACACAGGCAGGGGUGCAACGAAUAAUAGCUACACCAAAUGUUAACACUGCACGGAGAAUGUUGUAUAUUGCUGCCCCAACAUAUUGCAUUGUUUGGAUUAUAGUUUUGUUAGAGGGAGUAUCCGUAUUUGCUUAUCAUAGUUUAAGAGGUUGCGAUCGGCAGGUUACCAACCCAAACCAGAUAAUACCAUUCACGAUACUUGAAAUGUUUCACAACUUCCAAAGAAUGUCUGGUUUGUUUAUUGCAGCUCUUUCAGCUGCAUCUUUGAGCACGAUUUCUUCAGGAUUAAGUGGACUGGCAGCGGUCACGUGCAUCGAUCUUUUAAAAGUUCUCAAACCGAAUAUUACUGAUCAAGCAGCAACAAAUAUAUCAAAACUCUUUGUUUUCAUGUAUGGAAUUAUUUCAACAUCUUUUGCUCUAUUGGUUACCAAUGCGAAAGGGGCUUUAGGUGAACUAAUGUUUGUUUUUUCUGGAGCUGUUGCAGGGCCAGAAACAGGAAUGUUUCUUGUGUCAGUUUUCUUCCGUCGUAGCCAGCCAAAGGCUGUUUUGUUCGCCACAUGUGUUGGUGUAGGUUUUAGUCUAUGGCUGAUGUUGGGGCAGACGUUCUUCUCAGAUUUGACAAGAACAUCGUAUCUUCCUCUAGGACCUACAGACCAUUGUUCAGGUUAUCAAAAUACUACGACAGCAACUAUUUCAUUGGAAAAUACACAAAUUCCUAUUAGUUAUUUAUCAUCAACAGCAUCAUCCUUAAAUACAUCUAAACCCCUGAAUAGCAGAUCAACGUCUGGAUUAAAAACUUUCUACUCAAUAUCUUACAUGUAUAUUCAUUUGUUAGGAACAGUUACAACAAUAAUUAUAGCAGUGGUAGGAAGUCUGUUACCACUGUCUAAAGAACAGCACUUGCCCGUUGUCGAUGAACGCUGCAUGCUUCCGUUUUCUAUAUUUAUUCCGUCUUUCUUUCAAAGACCGUUCCAUAAAUGUAGAGCGAAGGAACAGCGCAAACAAAAUGAUAUUGUUGAAGACGAAACCGAUGAAAUAUUGUCAGGAGAACAAUGUACAAACGUCUGA